AUGCGCGUUUCGCUGACACGCUGUACCUCUUUUCUCGAUACCACGCAGGGCUGUUCGGCGUCCCCACACUCGGACGAUAACUUGUUCGUCUGGUCGGCGACGAUUUGUGGCCCACAAGACUCACCUUGGGAAGGCGGCAUAUUCUCCUUACGUUUGACGUUUUCGGACUCCUACCCAGCCUCCGCGCCGAGAGUCCGGUUCGUCUCGGAGAUGUUCCAUCCGAACAUAUAUUCGGAUGGGACGUUGUGCAUGGAUACGAUUCAAGAGCAGUGGAGUCCGGUGCAUUCGGUGGCGAGUUUGUUGACGUCGGUGAGGAGUUUGUUGUGCGACCCGAACGUGAAUAGUCCGGCCAACCCGCAAGCGGCGAAGAUGUUGGUCGAGGAGGAAAAGGAGUAUAAUAAGAGGGUGAGACGGUUGGCGAGGAAGACGAUCGAGUGA